GGGUGCCUUGGGGUGGUGCUUCUAGCCCCUCCACUUGCAGUCUUGCAGGCCGGGGCUGGGGACCCACCAGAUUCAGGUUGGAGGAACAGGAUGACAGUAGCGCCGUGAAGCAGAAGCCUGCAGGUCCGGGGAAGCCGAGGCACCGAGGGGACCUGAAACCCGACACCGCGCUCCUGGCGGCUGGGCGGCUGCGUGUUUGCAGAGACAGACCACAAAAAUCAAUGGUGUUUCUAUAACAGAGAACAGUGUGCAUGUUUCCAGGCCAACCACGACUAUCACUAUGACUGAUGGAGACUAUGAUUAUCUGAUUAAACUCCUAGCCCUUGGAGACUCAGGGGUGGGGAAGACAACAUUUCUUUAUAGAUACACGGAUAAUAAAUUCAAUCCCAAAUUCAUCACUACAGUAGGAAUAGAUUUUCGAGAAAAACGUGUGGCUUAUAACACACAAGGACCAAAUGGAUCUUCAGGGAAAGCGUUUAAGGUACAUCUGCAGCUUUGGGACACUGCUGGACAAGAGCGGUUCCGGAGCCUCACUACUGCAUUUUUCAGAGACGCCAUGGGCUUCUUAUUAAUGUUUGACCUCACCAGUCAACAGAGCUUCUUAAAUGUCAGAAACUGGAUGAGCCAACUGCAAGCAAAUGCUUACUGUGAAAAUCCAGAUAUAGUAUUAAUUGGCAACAAGGCAGACCUGCCAGACCAGAGGGAAGUCAAUGAGCGGCAAGCCCGGGACCUUGCUGAAAAAUAUGGCAUACCAUACUUUGAAACAAGUGCAGCAACUGGACAGAAUGUAGAGAAAGCUGUGCAAACUCUUCUGGACUUAAUAAUGAAGCGAAUGGAACGAUGUGUAGAAAAGACACAAGUACCUGAUGCUGUCAAUGGUGGAAAUUCUGGAAAGCUAGAUGGAGAAAAACCAGCAGAGAAGAAAUGUGCCUGCUAGAUACCAUAUAGUAACUAGUGAUCAAGAACCCACCUGCCGUUAAAACAAUGACAACCCACAAAGUUGUUGAGUAGAUAAUUCACAAUGGCACAUUUUUCUUUUUAUGUCAGAAAAAUCUAUUUUAAGUAAACCUAAUACUUAACAGUGUUCUGAAGAAUUAACCAGAUAUCCUCUGUCCCUACCAAACAAAACUGAAAGAGUUCCCAAGAAUAUUUUACCAGCAGGAAUGCUUGUUCUUUCCAAAAAUACUGAAAUUGAGUAUAUAAAGGAAGAUUCAGGAAUAGUAGUGAGGUUAAAUGAAAGCAAACACUAUUUUGUCACGUUGAAGAGGAAUAUGAGAAUACAGAAAGAUGAAUUUUUGUUUGGAUCUAUUUAUCUAGAAUAUGAUACACGCUUCUACAUUUGUAUUGUGAAAGACAUGCUAAAAAGGAACACAGAAUGAAGAAUUCUGUGAGGUUCAUUAAGAAUGGCAUUACUAUGUAUCACCAAUGAGCUAUACUAGAAUGACUAAGUUUGCUGAUAAGGUCAUGAGUGGGUGAAGGCCUGCUAAAGUGUAGAAAUGGUGUAAUAAUACCAUAUUUAUAUUUCUAAUAAAUAGCAGAUAGAUAAAAACAGGACUAUGGAUGACAAAAUGUAAGAAAACUUUCCUGGAGGAAAAAUAUGGGAACAUGAUAUUUUGGCAGUUGAAAUUAAAUGUAUCUCUUACAGAUGUUUCGAUGUGUCAGCCAACUUUCAUGCAAGUCAAUCAGAAACUGAUAUUAUUGGUUGAGAAUAAGAGAGUCUCCACAUGUUUCCAUUUCAAACAAAGACAUUGGCUUGGGUGGUAUUCAGAUGUACAUUUAAUUUUUAUUAGCAAAUUCUUAGACACCAUCACAAGGAGAAAUAAACUAUUAUAUAUAUGGCACCAAGGAAACCUAUUUAGCCUUGAUGUUUCUGAAGAUAAAAUUUAUUGAUGAUAUAAAACAAAAAAGUAACUAUUAAUUGUGGCUUUUCUUCUAUUUUGCAAAUGCACUAAAAAUUCUAAGUUAUGUUUCCCUCUCCAAAGCACACCCACCUAUGCUUUGAGGCAAUUAUACAAAUGCAAACGGGUCUCUUUGUAGAGCAACAAUAUAGUUCUUAGUGUUAACUGCUCAGCACCUCCACUUUCUGCAGCACUAUGCCAUCUCCUCAGAUUGAUCAUGGUUGGGCAUUCCCUUCGAUUCACACUGUCUGGAAUGCUUUUCAUGUUGCCAAUGCCUUUGUCUUGAAUACAGAAAGAUAUUAGCUAACACUCAAGCUAUUUCUUCAGGAAGGAAAGUGGAAAGAAUUUAACAACUUUUGUGCAUAAUCUGGUGGUCAUUACACCUUUUACAAAAAAAUUCAAAUUUUGAUGUCACUUGCAUUUACAUGAUAGGAAAUGCUAUGCUGUCAUGUAAUGCUAAAGACAUUCUGUUUCAAUAUGCCUUUUAGUUUCUUUUCAUGUUGUAGUUAUAUGACUUAAUUAUGCCAAAAUGCUGUCAUUGUCAGUUAUAUAAUGAACAUUUUUGGGGUCUAUUUUAAGAUCAUUAUUUAAUAACUGUAGCAUGAAGCAAACGGUGUAGAUGCCCUCAAUAACAGGACUAUAUCUAUAAGAAAAACAGGCAUUAGGUAAUAAUAUCAAGAAAAAUGAAAUGUAAACUGCCAAAAAUUAAAAUAUUAUUUUACUUAUAGAUAAAUGAUUGAAGUAAAAAUAUUUUUUUCUGUAAAACUUGACAUCUGAACUCUAAAUCUAUGUUACUAUUUGAAACUCAGUAUCUUGUUAUUUCAGGACCUAUAACACUCUAUAAUUCAUUAUAUAGAUCCAAACUGACCUGAUGCCAUGAAUAUAUGGAUGACAGACUGCUUUAGUGAAUUCCAUGUUGCUUUUGUUGCACACAAGCAUAUAUUUUUAGCUAAAAUGUUUUUUUUUCUCAAUAUCUUCCAAAUAUAUUACUAAGUCAUAUUGGGUCAAGUACUUCAAAUACAUAUGAAUUUAUGGCUGAUAUAGAACAUGUUUCUGGAGUGUUUAUACUAGUUUCAUGUUUACAUUGGCCUAAAUCAGUGCCUCAUACAUCUUUAUAGCAAAAUUUGUCUAUAUCCACAUAGCUCAUUUCCUAUAAUCUUAGGUCUUCAAGAAGGCCUCACAGAGACAUAUGCAACUAAGUUUUGUGAUAACUUCAGCAAAGGAUGCAAGGAAUUUAUUGGGACUUGGAAAUUAUUACAUUUUUCUGGCCACCAAACUUGAGACUUAAUUAUAAUUAAGUUCAAGACUAUCUUUUAAUAUAAUAACAUGAAUGGUCAUUUAAAAAAUUCAAAAAUAAACAUGAGAAAAUUAUAUUUGUCUUUGGUUAAAGACAACAAUGAGUCAUGAAUAAACCGAGAAAAUACUGAGAGUUGAGUUGAAUCUGGAUCUCUGAAUAAGUUUCAAAGCCUGGUAAUUUAUGAACUUAGCCAAUUUGCUCUAGCUCACUGAAAAAAAAAAAAAAAAAAAAAAAAAA